AUGGCUGUCACCGAGCUCAUCUUCCCAUCUAUUAAAACCGACCCCGAGUCGCUCAACGAGAUUGAGCGGGAUUGGCCCACAAUCAGCAAACGAUUGAUCGACCCCAACCCCGGCUUGCUGAAUGCUUUCCGCGGAUUUAUCCUGACCGAGAAUGGAGUGGAUGUACGGGAUGCAUACAGAGAGAUUCUGCUUUUUGAAUGGGUUAAGACGGAAGACUUUCAUGCCUUCGUCAAGUCGGAACAAUUUGCCACUUUCGCCGGCUCAAUUAGACACCUAGUAACUGGACCACCUACGCUACAGCUCUUCGAAACAGACGCCAGUCCCAGAGAGGCGGCUUCGGCGUCCAUUGUUGAGACUUUUCGUUUGAGUGUCUCAAGCCCUGAGCAUGUCGCCACAUCAAUGGAAGCAUGGGAUCGAUUUGUCCAGAUUAUCAAAGCAAAACAUACACCCAUCACAUAUGGAACUAGCACAAACCUUGAGAACGAUGUUGUCGUCGGGAUCAUUGGAUGGAGUAGUGAAGAGACUCGGUCUCGGAUAGUGCAAGACCCCGAGUAUGCCGAAGCUCUGCGAUCACUGCAACGUUUGGGAACUCUCAACCAGAUUGUGGUCGAUAUUGAUGCAAUGAAUUUGGCACCCCCAUCAGGUAUAUAG